AUGAGCAAGAGGGUGGGUAUCAUCGGAGCUGGAGUCAGUGGCCUGGCUGCCAUAAGGUGGUGUCUGGAGGAGGGGCUGGAGCCCACUUGCUUUGAAAGGAACAAUGAUGUUGGAGGCCUGUGGAAAUUCUCAGACCACACAGAAGAAGGCAGAGCCAGCAUUUACCAGUCUGAAUUCACCAACUCUUCCAAAGAAAUAAUGUGCUUUCCAGACUUCCCUUACCCUGAUGAUUACCCAAACUAUAUGCACCACAGCAACCUCCAGGAAUACAUAAAGACAUUUGCUCAAAAGAAGGAUCUUUUAAGAUACAUACAGUUUGAGACCCUGGUUUCCAGUAUAAAGAAAUGUCCCAGCUUCUUAGUCACAGGCCAAUGGGUUGUUGUUACUGAAAAGGAUGGGAAACAGGGAUCUACUAUUUUUGAUGCUGUAAUGAUUUGUUCAGGACAUCAAAUAUACCCCAAUCUGCCAACUGAUUCCUUUCCUGGCCUGAACCAGUUUUAAGGCAACUACCUCCAUAGCCGAGAUUAUAAGGAUAUGGAAGCCUUCAAGGGGAAGAGGGUCCUCGUGAUCGGUCUAGGGAAUUUGGGAUGUGACACUGGUGAGCUCAGCCGUCUGGCUACACAGGUCAUUAUCAGUACCAGAAGUGGUUCCUGGGUCAUGAGUCGGAUCUGGGAUGAUGGCUAUCCUUGGGAUAUGGUUUUCCUGAGAAAACAGCCUGUAUUCAAUGAUGAGCUCCCAUCCCGUAUCCUGUGUGGCACUGUGUCCAUCAAGCCCAGUGUGAAGGCGUUCACAGAAACCUCAGCUAUGUUUGAGGAUGGGACCAUGUUUGAGGCUAUCAACUCUAUCAUCUUUGCAACAGGCUAUGAUUAUUCCUACCCCUUCCUUGAUGAGACCAUCAUCAAAAGCAGAAACAACGAGGUCACCUUGUUUAAGGGCAUCUUCCCCCCACUAAUGGAGAAGCCAACCUUGGCUGUGAUUGGCUUUGUUCAGUCCCUUGGAGCUGCCAUCCCCACAGCAGACCUGAAAGCCUGCUGGGCUGCUAAGGUAUUUGCAAACUCAUAUACCCUGCCAACUACAAAUGAAAUGAUGGCUGACAUUGAUGAGAAAAUGGGGAAAAAACUCAAGUGGUUUGGCCAGAGCCAGACUUUGCAGGCAGAUUACAUCACAUAUAUGGAUGAACUGGGCUCUUUCAUAGGGGCCAAGCCUAACAUACCAUGGCUCUUCCUAACGGAUCCCCACCUAGCCCUGGAGGUGUACUUUGGCCCUUGCAGCCCAUACCAGUUUUGACUGAUGGGACCAGGGAAGUGGGAUGGGGCUAGAAAUGCUAUCCUGACCCAAUGGAACCAGACAGUCAAGCCAACCAGGAAAAGAGUUGUCAGUGAAGCUCAGAGACCACAUCCCUUUUACAAUUUGCUUAAAAUGCUUUCAUUCCCAUUACUCCUUCUGGCUGUUACACUUACAUUUUAUUAAUGAGAAAGUCUUUGGGCUCUCAAAAGUCAGCCUAGCAGUGUAAUCACACAAUACAACACACACAUACACAAUCACAACAUAGUUUCUCUCUGCCUUCCUGAAGAUAUGAAAAUCAGUCUUGGCCUAUUUGAAUCAAAGUAUAAAUAAAAUGGAAAAUACUCAGCCUCUCUCUCUCUGCUGGGAAUCUGUUCUCUAAAAGGCUUUUCGCAUGCUGAACUGGCAAAUUUGGGGAUGCUUGAGAUAAGACAGGAAGUUGAAUAAGCAUGAGCACAGAUUUUCAGGCUAAAAAAACUUCAGUAAGAUGUAAAGGUGUUUUAUUUUGUUCAUUAUAGUAUAUCAACCAAUGUAUUUUCACAAUAUUAACUGAAGUUCUUAAAAUUAAAUCAACAUAGAGAGAUAAGUUUAUACCAAUACAAUAACAAAGAAAAAAUGAACACAUCUCUUGAAAGAUACA